AGCCCGACAAGCAGCCUGUACGAGGCGGUGCUACGAACCUGCUCCUACAUUGUAGUGAGCAGAGCAGAUGCUUGAGGCGCGAUGGAGCUGGUGAUGGCGUUGUGGCCGUUCGAAGGCCUCCAACCGGACGACGACAACAACGAACCGCGUCACCAGAACAGAGGAACAACCAUCAAAAUGGGUAUGAAAACCAUCCGACGUAUGUCUACUUGUGUAGGAAGCAAGCCGAACGUGGAGUCGAUGCCUAGGCGUACGACAGGACACCUCUGGGGUGGCGAUUGCCUACAGCGUCACCAGAGUCAUUGGCGGUCAAUUGGAGGACCUCAAACAGCGUGGUGCUCGCAGCCUUUGCCUAGGGGACAGCAUUCUCAUGGCGGUUAAGUGGAGGACCUCAAACAGCGUGGUGCUCGCAGCCAUCGACAACGCAAUGCCUGUAGGCGCCCAUCAGCACGCGAGGAAGCCCGAAGCUCCUGAAGGGAGAUGGUCACAGCCAGCAU